CAGGGGACUGGGCUGUGUACGCCGUUUCGGUGAAGAGCAAAUGAGACACUGAGGCCAGGAGGCUGAGCAGGGAAGCUGAGGUCAGCCCCAGCACCACCCCGGCGGGGGGCAGGGCUGAGGUUCGGCCCCUCUGCCACCAGGGUGAAUGCUUGGUGCCGAAUUCAAGGUGACGGCAGUGCCUGGCUCCAUUCUCCUCAAGUUGCCAUAGCAGCCUCUCUCCCGAUGAGCAGCUUCUCCUGGAGCCCUCAGCCGGGAGGGAGGGACGUCAUUGUUUGCUCCUGCUCGUGCGAAGAUUGACUGGACAGAGAACUUUCCUGGCCCAGGGUCCACACACCAAGUGGGUGCGCCCAUGAGCACGUGGCUGGACGCCUCCUGCUGCCUUCAGUGGAGUGUUGGGGUGGGUUCCCACAGCCAGAGAGGGCCCUCUGGGUGGCCGAGGGGAGUGUCCAGGCGUUGGAGCAGCCGCAGCCAAGCGUGUCCUUGGAGCCGUCCGUUCAUCCGCCUGCCGGCCAGUCACCACUAGAGACUGUGGCCUGAUGGACGCCCGGUGUGGACGAUGAGGGAAGAACUCGCCUCCCACACCCAGCAGGUGACCCUGGAGCAAGGCCCGGAUGACCUUGCGUGCUGGAACAAUGCGGCUGGCCUGCAUGUUCUCUUCCAUCCUGCUGUUCGGAGCCGCAGGCCUCCUCCUCUUCAUCAGUCUGCAGGACCCCACGGAGCUCACGCCCCAGCAGGUGCCAGGAGUAAAGUUCAACAUCAGGCUACAGCAGCCCCACAAUGACUUCCCACCAGGCAGUUCUCAGGAUGGUGACUUUAAGACACUCACAGAGAGGGUCACCCAAGACUUGUCCAGUCGGGCACCAAGAGGCCUCCACUUGCUGGUGCCUGACCAACCCCAAGCCCACCUAAACAUGGGGGCCCGUCUGCGACCCCGGCAGCGCCGCCGGCGGCUGCUUAUCAAGAAAAUGCCAGCUGCAGCGGCCACCCUGGCCAACAGCUCAGCUGGUACCUUUAUCCGGCCAGCACCCCGAGUCCUGGACGGCCAUUGGGUCAGCCUGCACCAGAGGCAGCAGGAGCGCAAGCGGGUGAUGCGGGAGGCGUGUGCCAAGUACCGUUCGAGCAGCAGCCGCAGGGCGGUCACGCCGCGCCAUGUGUCCCGCAUCUUCGUGGAGGACCGCCACCGCGUGCUGUACUGCGAGGUGCCCAAGGCAGGCUGCUCCAACUGGAAGCGGGUGCUCAUGGUGCUGGCGGGGCUGGCCUCGUCCACCGCCGACAUCCAUCACAACACCGUCCACUACGGCAGCGCCCUUAAGCGGCUGGAUACCUUCGACCGCCAGGGCAUCCUGCAACGCCUCAGUACCUACACCAAGAUGCUCUUUGUCCGCGAACCCUUCGAGAGGCUGGUCUCCGCCUUCCGCGACAAGUUCGAGCACCCCAAUAGCUACUAUCACCCCGUCUUCGGCAAGGCCAUCCUAGCCCGCUACCGGGCCAAUGCCUCUCGGGAGGCCCUGAGGACGGGCUCUGGCGUGCGCUUUCCCGAGUUCGUCCAGUACCUGCUGGACGUGCACCGGCCGGUGGGCAUGGACAUCCACUGGGACCACGUCAGCCGGCUCUGCAGCCCCUGCCUCAUCGACUAUGACUUUGUGGGCAAGUUUGAGAGCAUGGAGGACGAUGCCAACUUCUUCCUGAGGCUCAUCCACGCGCCGCAGAACCUGACCUUCCCCCGGUUCAAGGACCGGCACUCGCAGGAGGCACGGACCACCGCGCGGAUCACGCACCAGUACUUCACGCAGCUCUCCGUCCCGCAGCGGCAGCGCGCCUACGACUUCUACUACAUGGACUACCUGAUGUUCAACUACUCCAAGCCCUUCGCGGACCUGUACUGAGGGGCGGAGCUGGCUGGCUGUGUGCGCCCUACUCACUCACUCACUCACUCACUCACUCACUCACUCACUCACCUGCCGCGGGGCAUCCCACUCUCCGUGGUUCCUCAGCCAGGAGCCAAGAUGUACCCAGAGCAAUGAGGCUCUGAAGAGCUAUGGCUGCUGCAGACCCCUGGUGGGAGACAGAGGCCCAGGCUGUCCACUGGGACCCUGGCCUUUGUCCCAUAUCCACGUCCUCACUUCUGGCUGAGGAAGAUGCUGGGAGGUGAGCUGGACACCCCAGAAGUCUCAGCUACCCACACCCAGCUCAGCCAGGAGUCAGGAUGACCAGGGAAGUCUGAGGCCCAGAUGACAAGGGCCCAGCGGUAAGGGGUUUACUGCAGUCCCUUAGCCAUUGCCUUGUACCAAACCGCAGGGUUUGCAGCUUUUCUACUUCGCAGGGGGAGGUUCCCUUGGAAUAAGGUUCCAAAUAAAGCACAUGGU